UCCCCAAGAAAGUAUUCAACCAUCCGACAAAGCUACACACAUUCAGAACGCAUUGAUUCAACCCAAAAACCCGCCCACCCCACGCAAUUAACCAAGAAAAAUAGUGUGUGAGAGAGAGAGAGAGAGACUGCAACUCAAUUCAGUUCCUGCAAAAUGGCCCCAACUACUCUCACGGCUCUAGCGGGGGAGAAGACCCUUCAGGCAAGCUUUGUUCGUGACGAAGAUGAGCGUCCGAAAGUUGCUUACAAUGAAUUCAGCACUGAAAUCCCCAUCAUCUCGCUUGCCGGGAUCGACGAAGUCCAUGGCCGGAGGGCCGAGAUUUGCCAGCAAAUCGUCGAGGCCUGUGAGGACUGGGGUAUUUUCCAGGUGGUCGAUCAUGGCGUAGAUGCCAGUCUCAUUUCCGACAUGACACGUCUUGCCCGUGAUUUCUUCGCCUUGCCUCCCGAGGAAAAGCUUCGUUUCGACAUGUCCGGCGGCAAGAAGGGCGGUUUCAUUGUCUCAAGCCAUCUGCAAGGAGAAGCAGUUCAAGAUUGGCGUGAAAUUGUCACAUAUUUCUCAUACCCAAUUAGGACCAGAGACUAUUCGAGGUGGCCGGACAAGCCAGAAGGGUGGAGAAAGGUGACGGAGGAGUACAGUGACAGAUUGAUGGGACUGGCAUGCAAGCUGUUGGAAGUGCUAUCGGAGGCGAUGGGAUUAGAGAAGGAAGCAUUGACCAAGGCUUGCGUGGAUAUGGACCAAAAGGUUGUGGUUAAUUACUAUCCAAAAUGUCCACAGCCAGACCUCACACUUGGGCUAAAGCGCCACACAGAUCCGGGCACCAUCACUCUGUUGCUGCAAGACCAGGUGGGUGGGCUUCAGGCCACCAGGGAUGGCGGCAAGACUUGGAUCACUGUUCAGCCUGUUGAAGGAGCUUUCGUCGUCAAUCUUGGAGACCAUGGGCAUUAUCUGAGUAACGGGAGGUUCAAGAACGCUGAUCACCAAGCAGUGGUCAACUCAAACUACAGUCGAUUGUCCAUAGCCACAUUCCAGAACCCAGCACCAGAUGCAACAGUUUACCCUCUGAAGAUCAGAGAGGGAGAGAAGCCAGUUCUGGAGGCCAUGACUUUUGCAGAAAUGUACAGGAGGAAGAUGAGCAAGGACCUUGAGCUAGCCAGGCUAAAGAAGCUGGCCAAGGAGGAGCAGCAGCAGCAAUUGCAGGAUUCAGAGAAAGCCAAGUUGGAGGCCAAACCUAUUGAGGAGAUCUUUGCUUAAGAGUACUACUGCAGAGUGCAGGCAGCUCCUCUUAUAUAUUAUGCUAUAUGCAUGUUUCUUUGCCUUUACUACUUAGUUAAAAGAGGUCCUCUAUUUAAUCGUGGAGUUUCAUUAUCAAUGUGAUUGGUUGUGUCAAGCUGUGCUACUUCUGAACCCUCGACGUUUUGUACCCUUAUGUUGUCCCAUUACCAAACAGCUAAUAUAUGAAAAUAAGUUGUCCCA